AUGGUACGACAAAUUAUACAGCUUCGACACUAUUCCACUCGAAGUGAUUCUUUCAACAGUAUAAUAACGAAAUGCACAAUUGCAGGACAGCAUGGUGGUGGCUCUCUUACGAAUACAACCUACGCAUUGAAAGAUAAUAUCGUCACCAAGGAUUUCCCCACCACUGCAGCCUCGCAUGCUCUAUACAACUAUCAAUCACCAUUCGAUGCCACUGUUGUGAAGCUACUAUCAGCGAAUGGAGCAACGUGUAUAGGUAAAGCCAAUUUGGAUGAAUUUGGAAUGGGGUCGUCCAAUUUGAACUCAUACUAUGGUGCUGUCGUUAACCCAUUUAACAAAGAAGCUGUCCCUGGUGGCUCUUCGGGUGGAUCUGCAGCCGCAGUUGCUGGGAAAAUAGCUAGCUUUUCCAUUGGGACCGAUACGGGGGGGUCAAUCAGGUUGCCAGCAAGUUACUGCAAUGUACUUGGCUUUAAACCAACAUAUGGAAGAAUUUCACGGUGGGGUGUUAUACCGUAUGCUCAAACGUUGGAUACAGUGGGUAUCCUCAGUGAGGAUAUCGAUUUAGUGGAAAAGGUGUAUGAUGUGUUGAAUGUCGAAGACGCCAAGGACCCAACAUCUCUCCCUGAAUCGGUAAGGGAUAAUAUGGAAACUACGCAACAGUUGUCACAGUUAACAUUUGGAAUACCGCUGAAUUUCUUGUUUGAGGAAGUGUCCCACCAAGUACGUUCAAAAUGGGUCGAGGUAUUGGAAGGUCUCAUCGAUCUAGGACAUAAAGUAAAAUUCAUCUCGACUAAAGCGAUAAUAAAGGCAUUACCUGUCUACUACGCAAUCGCUACUUCUGAAGCCGCGUCUAAUUUGGCUAGGUAUGACGGAACCAGGUACGGCUACACAUCAAGACCAUUGAAUGUCAAUGAUGAGCCAAUGGACUUGAUUUUUAAAAACAGAACCGAAUCUUUGGGUCCGGAAGUGCAAAGACGAAUACUAUUGGGCAACUACACACUAAGUUCUGAGUCGGGCCAUCAUUACGCACACGCUACACAAUUACGCGAAAAAUUGACAAGACAACUAUCAUCGGCAUUCAAAAUGAAGCAUCCUCUCUUGCAAGAUCAGUAUAAUGAAGACGGGUGCGAUUUGAUGAUAUCUCCAACAGCAAUAGAUGUUGCUCCUACGGUAAAAGAAAGCACGACGAAAAAUGCUGAAAAUUUACUUCAUGAAUACAUAAAUGACAUUUUCACAGUACCGGUUUCACUUGCUGGCUUGCCGGCAGUUUCUGUGCCAUUCAAUGGCAUAGGCAUUCAAGUAGCAGGUCAAUAUGGGGAUGAUAAACUUGUUUUACAUGCAGCAAAGAUAAUCAAAUGA